AUGCAUGAACUCUCCAUCCUCUCCGCCCUCGGCAUCUCUCUCCUUGCCUCCUUCUCCUUUCCCCUCGCCCUCACUCACCCCACAGCUUCAGCAUCUCCAUCUUCAACUUCCACACUCUCCUCCCUAGUAGUAGUCCCUCUCGCUCCCCCUCUCCCUCACAAUAAUGACCACAACAACGACAACAACAACGAUAACAAUGAAAUAAUAACCGGCAACUUCUCCCGCUCCUGCGCCCAAAUCACCCUAAUGAACGGGUACUUCCUCGCCGCGACUUGUCGUCCUAUCGAGCCGGCCGUUGUCUCUGGUGACCCAGAAGAGGAAUGGGAAGUACAACAAAGACAAGUGGAAGGGAAGAGGAGAAGGGGGAUGACGGGACUUUUCAGUCCCAAUCCCAAACCCCAGAAUUCAACCAGCUUGACCUGA